GAUAUCGAAGACGCUAGUGAGAAAUCCAAAAAGGAGGUGGCCCCCAAGGAAAGCAAGUCUGGAAUGAUAUCCAUACAAAGUGCUGCGAGCAAGUCGCAGGAGGCAAUCAUGCCGAAGACUUCGAGGUCGGCAGUCUCCAUGUCGCAAGGGGUCAUCACGCCUAAGACGUCCAGAUCAAUGGUCUCCAUGUCGCAAGAAGCAGUCGUGCCUAAAUCGUCGAGAUCAUUGGUUUCUAUGUCGCAAGAAGCAAUCGUGCCUAAGUCGUCCAGGUCACUAGUCUCCAUGUCGCAGGAGCGCUUUUCGAAACCAGUUAGGGUUCCGACAGCGGCCAUGUCCACUUCCCAAGGUGCUGUCCCCUCUGCCGUAGUUCGAAGACCAGCCAAAGUGAAAUUCGGACCGACAGAACCUGCUCAAUCGUUUGAGGCACAGUCAUCUCCACCACGAUCUCAACCAUAUUCUCCUUCAGCAAGUGGAGUCAGUAGUUCAGUACAGAGCAGUCCCACCGCACGAAGUAAUCCAGCUGAAAGCUCAGCUCCGGUGGAUUCUCCAGCUCAGAAGAGCAGUCGCACCACCUGA